UUUUAUCAAAUGGGGCCAUAACUGACUCAUCUAGACAUCUACUGGACAAGACUUGGUUGUUAUAGUUUAUUCAUAGAUUUUCUUUUUCCUGUGUUGUUUUUUUUCCCUAUAUUUGAAGGCUUUUGAGUGUGGUUUAUUAUGAUCUUUGCUUCAUGCUUUCUUUAGUUAUUUACUUUUUUAUGCUUCAACUGCGUUUUGAAUAAGUGGUCCCUGAGUAAAAUCUUUUGGACAGCCUUGUACUCCCUACAAAGUUAAAAUUUGGAGUCCGCACUGCGGAACAUUCCCUAACUUAUACAGAGAUUUCGUGCAGGAAGAGGCGAAACACCAAGAAUCAAAGGACAAGGUGGCAGCGAUGGCGAUGGUGAGGAGGCAAAGGAUGUUGGAAUGCGAAAAGGAAAACAUGGAGAAGAAGCCCUUCAUGGACAUACAAACUGAGAUCAAGAGAUUCAGGCAAACAACACUUGAUUUGAUUUUCAUUUUUAGCAUUCAGCAACAAUCGUUACAAAUCAGUAACAACAGCAGCAAGAAAAUUUCAACAAAAGCUUCAGGAAUUAAAAAAAGAGCAACAGCACAAAAUCAAUUAUUUGAUUUUUCAUUAACCCAGUCACAGUUUCACAUUAAAAAAUCAACAACAAGGCAUAAAAGGAAGAGAAGAACCGAAGUAAAGGCAGUGCCGCUAACCUUCGACGACGACAUGGACAGUGCCCGGCGAGACGACAGCGAGGGGCAACACAGCGGCGAGCUGCUCCAAGUUCGAGAGAAUCCAGGGAGGACGGGGACAGGGGGAAGGAGGACGCCGAACUACGAGAGAGGAAGCAGAGGCGCCGACAGCACGGACGGCGGCGGCACCGCGGCAGAACGGUUGCAGGGAGAACCUAGGGUUUUGGUAGGGUGAAUUUGGAAGGUGCUAUGGGUUCAUACUUCAGGUGAUAGUGAUAUAUGAUUCACGUAUUGGGGAAAUGGGUGGGUGCUAGGGGAAAUGGGUGGGUGUUACUUGUUAGGGGGAAGGGGUGGGUUUGGAAAGUGGAUCAGACCAUUUUUUAAGUCGGUUUUUGAUUGAACCGAUUAGACCGGUCGGUCUGACCGGAUUUUAGAAUAUUGAAAUUGGUUUUAUUUUGGUUAAUUAAAAAAUU